AUGGCUAUCACGUUAGGGCUGAAGAAAAAUCAUUAUCUCGACAACGCUCUUCUGUACCGCACUUCUCCGCAGAUCCCGGACGAAGAUGGCACCUUCCAUGAGGAACCAUCGGAAGAGAAGCUCGCGGUCUUCAUGCUGGGAGCGAAAGUCAACCACCCACUUGGGAUGUUUGCCCCAAAUGUCAAAACCCUUGGCGACUAUCUGACCAAGAUGAUCGAGGAUCUCGAGUCCGAAAAUACUGACCUGGGCUUCUACGGCGGCACCACCUGGACGAGCCAGGACAAGAACGGCGCCACGGAGAUCCUUAACCUCAGCUAUUGGCGAUCCGCAGAGGAUAUCCACAAGUUCGCGUACGGCAAGCUGCAUCGCGAAAGUUGGGACUGGUGGAACAAGCAUAUCAAGGAAAAUAAUCAUAUUGGCAUUAACCACGAAAUCUUCGAGGUAGACCGCAAGCACUGGGAGGCCAUCUACGUCAAUUUCCAACCAACGCUGAUGGGCGCCACAACAUAUCUGAGGAAAGGUGACAAGAUGGUCGGCGGCACAGUCGAGGACCGAUGGAUUUCUCCUCUCGUUGACGCCAGCAGGGGCAAGCUGAGGAGCAGUGCUGGUCGACUGGGUCGAAAACCCGAGGAGCUCUAUCAGAAGUACGAUUUAGCCCCGGGGGCCACUUACGAGGAAUGA